CUGGGUGCUGUCAAAGCCUCCAGAGUUUGGGGUGAGCCAAUCUUGCCCCUGCCCAGGGUGGAUGUUUGGGGGACUGGUGACAUAAUGGGUGACACUGUGAGGUGUCCCUGGGUGCCACUCUGUGCCAUCCCAUGACUCCUGGGGACUCAAUCCAUUCCCUGGACCAUCCCCAGCUCUGCGCUGACAUUUCUCUCCACGUUUCCCUGGAGACGAGGCGGUUGCUGUGGAAACCUCCCUCCUCUUCUCUCUUACCCAUCCUCUUCCUCACCCUGAUGUGGGGGGGACUGUCUCUGCCCCCACCCAGCCCCAAAAUUUAGGGACCCCUUCCAGGGGUGCAGCAGGGGGCACCUGGGAUGGGGUGCACACACACAUGGGGGCCACUGUAGCCGUGUGUGCUCAAGGCGUGUUCGUGUGCGCACCCCCGCGCCGUCAUGUGUGACAUCUCGCUGUUGCCGUGGCGACCCCAUCGAGCACAUGGCUCGGGCUCCGCAGCAUCGCGGGGGAAGCACGCUUGUUGCCAUAGAAACGGCCAUAAUUGUAGCAUUUUUCGGCUAAAAGAGGGGAAAAAGGAGGGGGAGAGAGGAGGAGGAAUGGCUCCAUGGGGCAGCGGGCCACGGAUGUGCCCGCCAGCCCAGUGUGUCCUGCUGCACAAAGAUGUCACGCUCGUGGGUGCGCAUGGCGGUGACGAGGAGGAGGCCAAAUUUGGAUGAACCGCCCCAUCCAGGUGAAGCCGGCCGACAGUGAGGGCCGAGGAGACAGGAAGCUCUUUGUGGGCAUGCUGGGGAAGCAGCAGAGCGAGGACGACGUCCGCCGCCUCUUUGAGCCCUUCGGCCAGAUUGAGGAAUGCACCAUCCUCCGAGGGCCUGAUGGAGCCAGCAAAGGUUGUGCCUUUGUGAAAUACGGCAGCCACGCUGAGGCACAGGCUGCCAUCAACAGCCUGCAUGGCAGCCAAACUAUGCCGGGCGCCUCGUCCAGCCUGGUGGUGAAGUUUGCAGACACGGAUAAGGAGAGGACCCUGCGGCGGAUGCAUCAGAUGGCAGGGCAGCUGGGCAUCUUCAACCCCAUGACCAUCCAGUUCGGCGCCUACGGGGCCUACACACAAGCGAUCAUGCAGCAGCAGGCAGCCCUAAUGGCGGCCGCGCAGGGCACCUGCCUCAACCCCAUGGCUGCCAUCGCUGCCGCCCAGAUGCAACAAAUGGCUGCCUUCAAUGUCAGCGGGCUGGUGGCUGCCCCCCUCACCCCCUCUUCAGGUACCAGCACCCCUCCAGGGAUCAGCACGGCGCCGGUGCCCAGCAUUGCCACGCCCAUUGGGGUGAACGGCUUCAGCCCGCUGCCGCCCCAGACCAACGGGCAGCCCGCCUCCGAGACCAUCUACACCAAUGGCAUCCACCCCUACCCAGCUCAAAGUCCCACGGUGGCAGACCCCCUCCAGCAGGCCUACGCCGGCAUGCAGCACUAUGCAGCAGCAUAUCCCACUGCCUACGCUCCCAUCAGCCAAGCCUUUCCCCAGCAAGCGCCCCUCAUCCCACAGCAGCAGAGAGAAGGUCCCGAGGGCUGUAACCUGUUUAUUUAUCACCUGCCCCAGGAGUUCGGGGACGCGGAGCUCACGCAGAUGUUUUUGCCUUUCGGCAACGUCAUCUCUGCCAAAGUCUUUGUGGACCGUGCCACCAACCAGAGUAAAUGCUUUGGUUUCGUCAGUUUUGACAAUCCGACGAGUGCUCAGGCGGCCAUUCAGGCCAUGAAUGGCUUCCAGAUCGGCAUGAAGAGGCUAAAAGUGCAGCUAAAGCGGCCGAAAGACGCCAACAGACCCUACUGACCCCAGCUCAGCCUGCGGAGAGGUCGGACGUCCCGCAGUGUCUGACGACUUUUCCCCUUCCCCAAGUGCAGUAUCCAAACCCGUAACUCUCUUUCUUUGCAACACAUCCCGGAGGAGGAAAAGGAGGAUGAGGAGGAGGUGAAGGAGAAAAUGGCAAAGAAGAGAGCGUUUUGGUCGUAGCUUUUCCUUUUUGAAUUUUUUCCCAGACUGGUCUUGUUUGUUGUUUAAUGGGAAUGAGAGGAAGACAAGGAAGGAGGGGAGCGAUGCGGUGCCGGGGCUGCGAUUCGCCGCCGGCCGCUCGCCAGGACUCACCGGAUCCCUCACUGGGAGCAAGGCUGAUGGCUCCGGGCAGCCGGGCCACGAUCUACCUUUGUUUUUUGGGUUUUUUUUUAAAGCACUCAUUUGCUGCUACCGAUUUCCCAGGAGAAACGAGGAAAAGAGGCUCCAAAUGGAUUCUUAAACCAAAGCCGGUGGGACGGGACCAGCCUCGGGCGCUUCACCUGGAGGAUGUUUGUUUGGAUGAUAAAGAAAAAUGGCAAGAUUUUCCUUUUUCCCUGCAUUGGGGGAAAAAAAAAGAAGGAUCAAAGUAUGUUGGACUUAUAGAAGAUAUAUAUAAAUAAGUAUAUAUAUAUAUAUAUCCCAUGGAGCAGGGUGGCGGGACACACGCUUCCCCUGCUUGUCACUGGCACAGGGACAUAGGAUUACUUGUUUCAGAGUCAUAUCAUUCCUUAGAGUUUAGGGACCAAAGGACUAUUGCUUUUUUUAAAUAUAUCUAUAAAUAAAUUAAUUUAAAAAAAAAACAAAACAAAACACACAAAAAAACUUCGGGAAAGGAGGAGAAAAUCCAACAAAAAUUAAGAAGGUUGAGUAAAACCCUCGGGCAUUCAGAGCCACGAGUGUUUCCUACAGGGCUCGGAUUUGGGGGGUUCAAGGGCUCAGUUUUGGGGGCCAGUUCGUGGCUGGGGAUUGGGGGGAUGCAGAGGGGAUUUGAGGGGGGGACUGCAGUGGCUCCCCCAGCUCCAUGGCCCAGGGGGAAUCGGAGCCCCUUGGUCACCUCUGGCAGAGGGCGGAGUGAUGUUCUUUGCAUUUUGGGUUGGUUUGGGGGGAUUUUUGGGUUGGGUUUUUUUUUUUCAGCCAAAAAAAAACUUAAAAAAAAAAAAAGAAAAAUGUGAGGUUUCGGCCGAAAUGAAGUGAAGCGAAAUAAACUUAUUUUGUCAAAAUCGU